AUGGGUGUCUUGAGCUGCAUGAAGUACCUGAUGUUCAUCUUCAACAUGCUGGUGUUUGCUGGGGGAACAUGCCUGGCAGGCAUGGGAGUCUGGGUGGCCGUGGACCCGGCUGGUUUCCAAGACAUCGUGGCCACCAGGGCCGUGCUGAGCGCAGGCGCGUGGCUGCUGCUGGUUGUGGGCAUUGCCCUGUCCCUGCUGGGCUUCCUGGGCUGCUGCGGGGCCCUGCGCCGGAGCCGCCCACUCCUGCUGCUGUUCUUCAUCCUCGUCAGCCUCGUCUUCCUCAUGCAGCUCAUUGGGGCCGUUCUCUUCCUGGUGCAUUGGAAACAGGUCCAGCCCGAGCACUUCCUGUCUGAGUUGCAGAGGAACUAUGGUGGGGACGAGGGUGCUGAGGUGUUUUCCACGGCCUGGAACACCCUGAUGGUCAUGGGUUGCUUCUCUACCUUCGGCAAGACCCUGCAGAGGUACAUCUCCCUCCCUGGAACCUGCAGCUUAGCCGUGCUAGGCAUUGAGAUUUUUGCCAUGUUCUUCGCCUUCUGCCUUUACUACAACUUCGACUGA